ACGACAAUCCCGAGACGUGCUCCCGCCCACCGAGCGGAUCAAGUUUGAAUGAACAACAGCAGUCUGUCCUGGAGGUGGUAGUUGCAUUUUGCAGUAAUUAUUUAAAAAAAAAAAAAGUGUGUAUCGUAUCGACGGGGGCGCGCCGAUCGAGGAUGGACAUGAAGAAAAGAAUUCACCUGGAGUUGCGGAACCGCACUCCGUCAGACGUCAAAGAACUUGUUCUGGACAACUGUCGCUCAAAUGAAGGGAAGAUCGAGGGUCUGACGGACGAAUUUGAGGAGCUGGAAUUCCUCAGCACAAUCAAUGUCGGACUCGCGACUGUCGCCCACCUGCCCAAGCUAAAUAAACUCAAAAAGCUUGAACUCAGCGAUAACAGGAUCUCAGGGGGGCUGGAAGUUCUGGCAGCGAAAUGCCCCAAACUCACACAUCUCAACCUCAGUGGCAACAAGAUUAAAGACCUCAGCACAAUAGAACCAUUGAAAGAAUUGGCGACCCUGAAAAGCCUAGAUCUGUUCAACUGUGAGGUGACGAACCUGAACGAGUACAGAGACAACGUCUUCAAGCUUCUACCCCAGCUCACGUACCUGGACGGGUACGACAAAGACGACAAAGAGGCGCCAGACUCUGAUGCCGAGGUCUACGCUGAAGGCUUGGACGAUGACGACGACGAUGAAGACGACGAGGAGGAGGAGGAGGAGGAGGAGGAUGCAGCACCAGGAGAUGAGGAGGAGGAAGAGGGAGAGGACGACGAAGAGGAGAAUGAAGAGGAAGAGGAGGAGCUAAGUGGAGAGGCUGAAAUAAUGACACUAACUUUGUCUUGUCUAUUUUUCAAAAAGGAGGAAGAGGAGGAAGAUCUGAAUGACAAGGAGGUUGAAGACGAGGAUGAUGAAGAAGAAGAGCGAGGUCAGAAGAGGAAAAGGGAGCUGGAUGAAGAAGGCGAGGAGGAUGAAGACGAUUGAGAGUCCUCUGGAAGCUAAGUUGUGAACUGUUUUAAACCUGUAUCUCCCUGUCUCUUCCCAACAGCCCCAUGUAUUUUACCCCGUUUCAUAUUGCAGUAGGAGUGGUUUUUGUUAUUGGCCAGUCAGGUAGACGGGGUUGUCUGGGUAAAUAAGUUAAAUUUAUGUACCUUUUGAUGCUCCCAUGUUCCAGUCUUUACUGUCCACUUUUAACUGCAUUGUGGACACCAAUUUUGUAAUAUCAAAUAAUGGCAAAGAUAAAACCUUUUUAAGAAAUGUUUUUUCUUUUCUCACCGUUUGUGUAAGACCAGUUUCUGAUGACUUGUGUAUUUUAAAAGGAGCCCCCUUCAAAAGAAAAAAAAGAAAAUGAAACAAAAAAAGAGUGCAUGUCUUAUACAUUUUAAAGUCAACUACUGGAAUCAUGUAUGGCUGUCCUCUCCUCGUCUUAAACUUAUUUUUGCAUUGUAUUUUUAUUUUUAAUGUAAGUUAUGUAUUUGUAGUGUCACCAGUAUGCCAAUACUCUGCUGUCCUGGUGUGAAACUUCUGUCUGAACAUGCACAGUGUGACCCCUCACCGGGCAUAUUUUUAAAUCAUAGCAAAACAAAUGUCUGCCCUUGUCAAAGCUGCUCCUCCUCCUCCUUAAACCCUCAGCUUUGAUAGUUCGGAAAUUACGUGUUCUUGUAAAUAAUGACCAAAUCUAUUUUUUUGUAUUCUCUUUGAUGACGGCAGACAUUGAACAGACAACUGAGGUGAAACUAUGAAUUGUAAUAAGAUAUUAAAUAUGUAUGCUGCUUUAUCUAAAAUACGCAGUGUGAAAUUUCUUGGAAUUUGAACAUAACUUUGUAUGCAUAAUCUUUCCAUAAAGACAAAUGUUCAACAUCGGAUCUCAUUAUCGCUUUUUUUUUCCACGUUCCUUUCUGUGACACACGGGUGGCAAUGUUUGUGGUGGUAGUGUAGAGAAGUGCUUGAUAUAAAUGGAGGUUACAUCCGCAACUUAUGUGCAUUGAAAAUGAAUUGUUUCAGAGACUCUGGAAACGGUUAUUUGGACUUUGUUUUCACUAUUAUACGUACUGGUCAAAUUGGCCUACCUCAGUGAUUUUUCACACUAUGUUAAAUCCACUGUCAUCAACCAAAUUGUUUAUUUUCCCCUCCCAUUCACAUCAAUAAAUCCCUUUUUUAUAUAUGUUUUGAAGUUUGUGGUCCUUGUACAACACAGUCAAAUUCAAAUGGUGAUUCAGGAUUCCAGUUAUAAGGUAUUGAUGAUGGAAAACUCAUCUCGGAUGCAUGUUCAGCAGAGUGACACCUGGUACUUUUACUCUAUUUUGAACAAGACCUAAAGCACUACCAAAGACCAAACCUAGAAGAUUUAAGCCGGGGUUUACUUGAUUAGUGCCAAACUAAUUGGGAGGAACUGCCAUGGUACUACUGUCUAAGCCAAAAUUCAACACAAUUCUUCCAACAACUGUACAAAAAGAGUUUCAGUCAUUUUAAAAACCUGUUAUCCUAACUUCCUAAAGAGUUACCGGCUGCGUGGUUGGUUUUAUUCCUCAGUACACCUACAUGAGAAGCCCUGACAUGACAUAACUCCAGCCCGACUGCAGCUGAUCCAUCUCUGGUAGAUCCGUUUCCCACUGUCUACUUUCACUAGCCCUUUAACUUUUCCUGCAAGAAACAUACGCAAUUACCAUUAAUGUGUCAGUGGCUCAAGUCAACAGUUAAAGGGUUCAUAUGUUUUUGUUUCUUAACGGAAGCUAUAAAGCGUUGCACCCUUUACGUCCCGACCUCGACUUUUUACUUACUUUCAAAUUCCAUUCUUGCUACUCAUGCAGGAGAUUCAUCUUUAUUUUUCUUAGUCCAUCGGGAGCAGAAUCAGUAAUAACACAAGGCUGAAUAUGACUGGGCCUGGAUUAAAAGAAUAGUUUUUGGUAACUGCUUGAGUGCCUGGCUGUCAUAAUAGAUCCAAUCUCAUGUGAAACCGGUGCCCACAAGGAAAAAACAGUUAAAUGGUAAAACCGAGUGAUUUAUACUGCAGUGUAGACUAAGUCUGUUGGUGGUACAAGUGGAGGAGGAGAGGCA